UAUUUUAUUUGAUACAAAUUGCACAUCGUUUUAUAAUAAAAUUUUAGUUUUUAGAUUAUAAUAUUUUACAAUGUUAUAACAAGAGUGAAGUGAAUGUAUAUUUAAAAAUUGUUUAUACAGUUAGGGAUUUAUCAUAAAUGCUAUCGAGAUGUCGAAAAACAAGAUUGCGGCGAGGAUAGACAGCCAAAGUAUCGAAGUUAAGACUAAAUUUGAUGCAGAAUUUCGACGGUUCUCACUGAGCCGGACGGAAAAGCUAAAGUAUGAAGACUUCAAAGGCCUAAUAGAGAAGCUGCACAGGUUGCACGAUGUCACAUUCCUCAUAUCCUAUACAGACCCCCGAGAUGGAGACCUACUUCCCAUCAACAAUGAUGACAACUUGGCAAGAGCACUGCUCACUGCUAGACCAUUGCUCAGGGUUAUUAUACAGCGGAAAGGCGAUAGCCUAGAAGAGUUGAAUGGAUAUGGAACAAUGCGUCCUCGGAAUAUCAUAUCCUCUAUACUGAGUGGAACGCCGGCUAAAAAUAAGGGGCUCGCUAUUUCCAAUCCACACGAUUUUAGAAUGGUAUCGGCCAUUAUAGACGUGGAUAUAGUCCCGGAGACGUGCAGGAGAGUGAAGUUGUUAAAACACGGGUCUGACAGGCCGCUAGGAUUUUUCAUUAGAGACGGCACGUCGGUAAGAGUGACGCCUAAUGGCGUAGAGCGUUCCCCCGGUAUAUUCAUAUCAAGAUUGGUGCCAGGCGGGCUGGCGGAGUCAACUGGUUUGUUAGGCGUCAACGAUGAAGUGCUAGAAGUCAAUGGUAUCGACGUUUCCAAUAAAACUCUAGACCAGGUGACUGACAUGAUGGUGGCCAACUCGUCCAACCUGAUCAUCACCGUGCGGCCCGCCAACCAGCGCGCGGGGCCCGCGCCCCCCGCCGCCGCCGCCGCCCCCGCCCCCGCAGACACCGCGCCCGCAGACACGCACGACAGCGAGCCCGACGAGGACAGAUUCGACCAAGACGAACAAGACGAAAUAGUCGACCUCACUGCGGUCACAUUAGAAGACCAACCAGAAUCCAAUUUUCCUCACAUUCCCACAAAGGACGACGGGCAAGUUCUCCACCUCUAGUACAUAAUAAAUCGUUACAGGCGAAAUUAUAGCCUGACUUCAAGGUUACAAGUGUCAAAAUCAAAUGAACAUUCCAUUUAUUAUAAGUAACGGUGCAAAAAUAUAUUUUCUUAUUUGAAAUUCGAAGACAAUAAGUUCGAGACGCGCUCGCUUACAUUCCAUACUAUGCCUUAUUUUUAACAUAUUAAGUGUCAAAAUAGGUAAGUCACAAUUAUUGUGUGUAUAUAGAUUUUAGUACUUAAGUGCAAUUAGGACACAAUCACCAUAGUGUUUGAAGAUAUUAUAUUAUUGUUUUCUGUAUUCAGUCCAUUUUUUUAAUAAUUUUUUUGGAAUCAGAUCAGGCAACGAUGAAAGUUUAUACAGUCAUCUAAUCAUCUUUCAUAUUGUAUGAAUGUUGGCUAAAGAAUGAAUAGUUAUUCAAAUAUAUAUCUCAUUCAUUUAGUUUUUAUUGAACAUGACACAGUACGUCUUAAUUCAUUGUUAUAUAGUGGUACCAUUACACUAUAUGUAUAUGUGUAUCAUACUAUUCGAAAUCCGAUGAUUGCAGCAACAUAAUCUAAAA